AAUCGUUCAACCAAUCAGAUGUGUCGGCUGGAAGCAGCGCUGUCACCGCAGCCAAUCGCGUGUCGGGAAACACAGCUCGGGCUCAACAGCUUGUUGUUCGUGAAUCGCUUCGCAGUCUGAGAGAGAGGAAGCAGCCGAGGCCGCGAAUUGACCCUCAGUGUCUCGAGCUGGACUCCAUCACACACAAGUGAAGAUGAAGGCAGCAGACGAGCCUGCCUAUCUGAGCGUGGGGACGGACGUCAGUGCCAAGUACAGAGGAGCGUUCUGUGAGGCCAAGAUCAAGACUGUCAAACGCCUGGUGAAGGUGAAGGUGACUCUGAAAGGGGACAGUGCGUCUCAGGUGGUGCAGGACGAUCAGGUGAAAGGACCUCUGAGGGUGGGCUCCUCGGUGGAGGUGAAAACUAAUGAGGGCGUGUCCAGUGAAGGUGUCAUCACUAAACUGACAGAUGCCAGUCUCUACACCGUGGUGUUUGACGAUGGAGACGAGAAGACUCUGCGUCGCACGUCCCUGUGUCUGAAGGGAGAGAGACACUUUGCAGAGAGUGAGACGUUGGACCAGCUUCCGCUGACAAACCCGGAACAUUUCGGAACGCCGGUCAUCAACAAGAAAUCCAACCGUGGACGUCGUUCCUCCCAGGCUGUAGCGGACGAGGAGAACGAGUCUUCGUCCAGUGAGGAAGAGGAGGACGACAGGAGGAGACUGAACGAUGAGCUGCUGGGAAAAGUCUGCAGCGUCGACAACGAGGAGGAGCCGAGCAGCUGCUUCUUGGCUCUGGUGGUGUCUCCGAGCUGUAACGAUGAGCUGGUGGUGAAGAAGGAUCAGUGUCUGCUCCGAUCCUUCACUGACUCCAAGUUUUACACGGUGGCAAGGACACACGUCCGCCCGGUCAACUCCUUCACUCUCACCAAGUCUGAGUUGUCCAACAGGAGAGCUGUAGAAAUGGCUCAGCUGUUCCUCAGGAACAGGGACAACGUCCCUGAAGAGUGGAAGAUGGACAUGAGUCAGAUCCUGGACUCUUCAUCCAGUGAUGAUGAUGAUGAUGAGAAGGACACCGAGGAGGAAGAGGACGAAGAGGAGGACGAAGAAGAGAAGAAGAAGAAGAAGAAGCACAUCAAGGAGGAGCUGGAGGAGGAGUCUGACCCUGAGGAGCGAGACAACUUCCUGCAGCAGCUCUAUAAAUUCAUGGAAGACAGAGGAACUCCCAUCAAUAAACCUCCUGUGCUUGGCUACAAAGACCUGAACCUCUUCAAACUCUUCAGACUGGUCUAUCAACAGGGAGGCUGCCACAAGAUUGAGUCUGGGACCGUGUGGAAACAGGUCUACAUGGAUCUUGGAAUCCCCAUCCUGAACUCUGCUGCGUCUUAUAACGUGAAGACGGCUUACAGGAAGUACCUGUACGGGUUUGAGGAGUACUGUCGCUCCGCCUCCAUCACCUUCAGAACCAUCCAUCACAAUAACCCCCGCCCUCCCACCAUGCCAGCCAACCAGAAGAUGGCAGGGGAGGAGCCCUUAGAGCCCCCCCCCACACCACAGGUGAAGGCAGAGCCUGUUGAUGAAAAGAGGGAGAAGGUGGAGUCAGACAGCGAGAGCGAGGAGGAAGACGAGGAGGAGGAGGAGAUGAAGGAGCGACAGUCGUCACCGAGGGGGAGGAGGAGGUGUGUGAAGGCAGAGACAGAGUCUUCCCCCGGACCAGAGAAGAGAGGAGCAGGAGAGAACAGCGAGGAGCAGAUGGAGGUGAGGAGACGCAGCAACAGAAGAAUGGACGACUCUGAAAGAGGUUCUGAGGAAGAGGACGAGGAAGAGGACGAUGAGGAGGAGGAGGAGGAGAGGAGGAGGAGGAGGGGAGAUGGGAGUGAGGAUGACGAGGAUGAAGACUCUGUGACAGGGACGAAGGUCAGGGUGAAGUACGGCAGAGGAAAGACUCAGAAGAUCUAUGAAGCUCACAUCAAGAAAACUGACAUCGACAACGGAGAACAGUUCUACUUAGUACAUUACUACGGCUGGAACGUCAGGUAUGAUGAAUGGGUGAAGGCCGACAGGAUCAUCUGGCCUGUGGAGAAAGGAACAAAGAAGAGACAGAGGAAGAAGGUGAAGAACAAAGACGAGACAGACAAAGAGGAGGAGAAGCCUCUGAAGCCUCCGGGUGCAAAGCGAGGUCGUCCUCAGAUCAGGACCACGCCCACCAGCUCAGCGGGACGCAGUGUCUCCAAGACACCGAGCAGCGAGGGACGGUCCAACGGCAAGAGCAGCAGGACGGAGACGUCGUCCGGCAUGGCCAACGGAGACGACACUCCUCGCAGGAGGAGCAGGAGAACGUCGGGGACGUACGACUCUGACCGAGCGUCUGUUGAGGAUUCUGGGAACUCUUCAGAUGACAGCGAAUCAGAGGACACGUCUGAUAAAAAGCCAUCGCCAUGGCGAGGGAGGACGGAAGCCCCGCCCUGCCAGGAGGACGAGGAGGAGGAAGAGGAAAAGGCCAAGGAGGAGGAGGAGUCGAGUGAGGUCACUGACCUCACAGCACCUGCUGACCAUGACGACACUGUUGCCGUGGCAACACCAGGCCAGCCUCCUGCUCCUGUGUGUCCCAGCAUGCAACAGGAUAAAGACGACAAAGAGCUGAGCCGAUCAGACAAGGAGGUGGAGCAGGGGGAGGAGCCUCCAGCAGAAGUGAAGGUGGCGCCGACUCCCGUGGACAAGGAGGCGAGACCGUCUCUUGGACAGGAAGUGGUUAUGAAGCUGUCCCCGCCCCCUGAGAAGGUGGUCGCGUCCUCGCCCCCGCCCUCCAUAGAAGACGAGUCCGCGCCUCUGUCGUCCCCCAGGGUCAAAGGUCGCAGGGUCAACCUCAGGGAGGUGGGCUCAGAGACUCCGCCCAGAAUCCCACUCUGCACUGCCAGUCCCACCCCCGGCGCUAGCCCCUCCCACAGCAGCAGUGUCUUAAAGAGACAGGACGAGCCCAUGGUGGUCCUCUGCUGCCUGCCGACAGAGCACCUCCCCCUCGAGCCUCCGCCCACAGACUCUGACACUGACUCCGCCUCUGAGGAGGAGGAGGCGGAGCCACCGGAGGAGAGGAGCAGUGCUGUGCUCAAACGUAAAGCAGCAGAGCAGCGAGCAGCAGAGAAGAAGCUCCGCCCUGACAGGAAGCAGGAGGAGGCGGCCUCCCCCAAAGCCCCCACCCCUGUACCCAAGAACCUCCCAGAGAGGAGGAGCGAGGCAACGAUGAAGCCUGAAUGGUUCUGUCCUCGAGACGACGCUCAGAGGGAGGAGCCAGAAGAGCAACUGACAGGCGGAGCCAUGAAGGAGCACGAGGUGCAUGCUGGGACACCUCCCCACUCUCUCGAAGUGCCAGGCUCCUCCCCCUCUGAGGAGCUGGAGCCGCAGAUCGGCCCAGAGGCGCUCGUCUGCCACGAGGUGGACCUGGACGACCCCGACGAGAAGGAGAAGCCCGCCCCCUCCGCGGAGCACCUCCUCCUCAUGAUGAGAGAGCCGCAGCAAGCUCCACCCCCACUGCCCAUCCUCCAAGUCUCCGUCCCCACUCCUCACACUCCGCUCCUACCCCAGCCUCAGCUCCACCCCUUCCUGCCAUCUGCCACUCCAAGCCCCGCCCCCUGCACAGAGGAGAGGCGCCCGAUCCGGAGCGCCGUCACCACUGAGGAGGAGGAAAGGGGAGGGGCGGAGCCAGAGGGCGACUCCAGUCCGGGUUUUGACGGCAGCGCGUCCUCGUCCUCCGCGUCUGUGAUGUCUCUGCAGGAGAACAAGGACAGAGGUCAGAAGAGGACGACGGACGGUCUCUGCAGUCCUUCGUCCAAAAAACACAAACGCAGCCAGAAACGAGCCAGCGCUGCGGGGAAGAUGGAGAAGAACGGAGCAGGUCACAGCAGCGACAGCGAGGACCAAUCCCGCGCGUCAUCUGUGUCAAAGUCUCAGAAGCUUGUCUGUCCCUCGCUGUCGUCUCACAGUAAAGACAAACACUGUCCUGCGUCUCCUCAGAGGACACACAAGUGGACCUUUCAGCUCGAUGAGUUGGAGAGCAUGUCGAGCUCAGAGAGGAUCUCGCUCCUGCAGGAGAAGCUUCAGGAGAUCAGGACGUGUUACAUGACGCUGAAGUCUGAGGUGGCGUCCAUCGACCGUCGCAGGAAGAGACUGAAGAAGAAGGAGAGAGAAGUGUCCAACACCACGGCAUCCACGUCCUCGGGUUCUUCGGACACCGGCAUGAGCCCGUCCUCGGCCUCGCCCGCUCAGAGCACCGUCGCUGUGGAGUGCAGGUGAUGACACGCCCACCGGCCAC